AUGACGAAGUUUAAUGAUCUUCUGACAGCCGCUGCACGUAGAGCUUUAGACAGCGCUUCAGAUAAUCUGAGUGUUGCACCUAAAAAUGUUUAUCCAGAAUUAGUAAAACCUCUCCUGCCAAGUGUUUCAAACACUGAUGUGCCUAGUACAAGUAACAACUGUAUUGUGUUUGAAAGGACUGAAGUUAAGUCAUCUUAUGUGUAUGAAUUAAAUACAGAAGAAGACAUGGAUAUUUCAUUGAUAUCUGUUGGUCAAGGCUCACAAAAAAGUGAAAAUAUACAUAAACAGGAAUUGGCUGGUUGUAAUAAUAGUGCAAAUGAUGAAGAUGAUAUAGCAUCAUUGUUGCCAGUUGAUUCAUCUUCCACUUCACCAUCCAUAAACAUAGAAAGCACUUCUGAUACAUUCAGUGUUAAAAAACCUUGUAUGAACUCCAAACAUGAAAUAUCACUAAUGGAUGCCAGCAGGAUCCAUACAUCAGAUACUCCACGUCGUCGCUUCCUAAAACGAGAAAUUCAGGCACUAAAGGGUGAACUUGCAAUUAAAGAUAUGAAGCUUAAAACAGUACGACAAACUGUUAGAAGACAGAAAAAGAAAAUUGCAUCAAUAAAAACGAUCAUCACCAAAUUGCAGAAUGAAAACCUCAUAAAUGAAGAUGUUGGCUUCACAUUGUUGGAAUCUUUCGGUAAUAAACAAGAUUUAAUCAUUAAUUGGGCUAAAAAAAAUAUGGGUAAUGGCAUCGAAGACUCCCUUCUUGGCACAAACUUACUUAAAGUGAAAGGUAAUCAAUACAUCUAA